GGAGCGUCCGCGGGAACUUAGCUGGGUUAGGGAAACCCGCGGAAGCGGCCUCUCCGGAACCAUGGGCACCCCACCGCUGGCCUCUGGUGUCUGUGCUGGUGGCGGGAGUGUUGGUUGGAUCUGGAUGAACUCCUGCACUCUAGGUUCGCCUGUCCUGCCUAUUUCUUUUCUUUUUUGGUUGUUCCUGGUCACACCUGGCGCUUGGGCCGCGGGCUACGAGACAUGUCCUACAGUGAAGCCAGGCAUGCUCAACGUGCACCUGUUGCCUCAUACACAUGAUGACGUCGGCUGGCUGAAGACAGUGGACCAGUACUAUUAUGGCAUCCUAAAUGAUAUCCAGCAUGCAUCUGUUCAGUACAUCCUAGACUCGGUAAUCUCCUCUCUCCUGGAGGAUCCCACCCGUCGCUUCAUCUACGUGGAGAUGGCUUUCUUUUCACGUUGGUGGAAGGAGCAGACAAAUGCAACAAAGGACACCGUACGGGAACUGGUGCGCCAGGGGCGCCUGGAGUUUGUCAACGGUGGCUGGGUGAUGAAUGACGAGGCAGCUACCCACUAUGGUGCUAUUGUGGACCAGAUGACACUUGGGCUACGCUUCCUGCAAGACACAUUCGGUGACAAUGGGCGUCCCCGUGUAGCCUGGCAUAUUGACCCUUUUGGCCACUCUCGAGAACAGGCCUCUCUGUUUGCCCAGAUGGGUUUUGAUGGCUUCUUCCUUGGGCGCAUUGACUAUCAAGAUAAAGUUGUUCGGCAGAAGAAACGGAAGAUGGAGGAAGUGUGGCGGGCCAGUGCCAGCUUGAAGCCCCCAGCUGCUGACCUCUUUACAGGUGUGCUCCCCAAUAAUUACAACCCUCCGAAGGACCUAUGUUGGGAUGUGCUGUGUGCAGACAAACCCAUGGUGGAGGAUCCCAAAAGCCCUGAGUUCAAUGCAGUUACUUUGGUCAAUUACUUCCUGAAGCUGGCUUUUUCCCAGCAACAGUAUUACCGAACCAACCAUACCGUGAUGACCAUGGGUUCAGACUUCCAAUAUGAGAAUGCCAACAUGUGGUUCAAAAACAUGGACAAGCUUAUCCGCCUGGUCAACGAACAGCAGGCAAACGGAAGCCGGGUCCACGUUCUCUACUCCACUCCUACGUGUUACCUCUGGGAGCUGAACAAGGCCAAUCUAACCUGGUCUGUGAAGGAGGACGACUUCUUUCCUUAUGCCGACGGCCCCCACAUGUUCUGGACGGGCUAUUUUUCUAGCAGGCCAGCCCUCAAACGCUAUGAGCGCCUCAGCUACAACUUCCUGCAGGUGUGCAACCAGCUGGAGGCACAAGCCGGUCUGGCAGCCAACUUAGGACCCUAUGGUACAGGAGACAGUGCACCCCUGAACGAGGCAAUGGCGGUCCUCCAGCACCACGAUGCAGUCACUGGUACCGCACGGCAGAACGUUGCAGAUGACUAUGCACGGCAGCUGGCAGCAGGCUGGGGACCCUGUGAGGUUCUGGUGAGCAAUGCUCUGUCGCAGCUCAGCUACUACAAACAGAACUUCUCAUUCUGCCGAGAACUCAAUAUCAGCAUCUGCCCAGUCAGCCAGGAGUCAGAGCACUUCCAGAUAACUAUUUACAACCCCCUGGGCCGGAAGGUGAAACAUAUGGUCCGGCUGCCGGUCGGCGAAGGCAUCUUCUUUGUGAAGGACCCUGAUGGAAAGGCUGUACCCAAUAAUGUGGUGAUGCUCCCCAGCUCCUCUGGUAAGGAGGACCAGUGGGAAUUGCUGUUCUCAGCCUCGGUGCCUGCCCUGGGUUUCAGCAUCUACACUGUGGACAAGGUGUCUGUCCAAAACAACCUUCAGGCCAUCUCCAGGAAACACAGGUCCCAUGCCAGGUCCCGUGUCUUGACCAUUGAAAAUGAGUACAUCCGGGCUACAUUUGACUCCAGCACAGGGUUAUUGAUGAAGAUUGAAAACAUGGAGCAGAAGCUCUCACUCCCUGUGAGCCAAGGCUUCUUUUGGUACAAUGCCAGCACCGGGGAUAAGAAGAGUCCUCAGGCCUCCGGCGCCUACAUCUUCAGACCCAGCCGUCUCAAGCCACUGCCUGUGAGCCGUUGGGCUAAGAUCCACCUGGUGAAGACAGACUUGGUGCAGGAGGUAUACCAGAAUUUUUCAGCCUGGUGUUCUCAAGUAAUUCGUCUGUACCCAGGACAGCGUCACUUGGAGCUGGAGUGGACGGUGGGACCAAUCCCAGUGGAAGAAUACUGGGGAAAAGAGGUGAUCAGCCGCUUUGACACUCCAAUGAAAACGAAUGGAGAAUUCUACACCGACAGCAACGGCAGGGAAAUCCUGAAGAGGAGGCGUGAUCAUCGACCCACUUGGAAAUUAAGUCAGACUGAACCCGUGGCUGGGAAUUACUAUCCUGUCAGCACGCGAAUCUACAUCACGGACGGGCACAUGCAGCUGACUGUGGUGACCGACCGCUCCCAGGGGGGCAGCAGUCUGAAGGAUGGCUCACUAGAGCUCAUGGUGCACCGACGGCUGAUGGUAGAUGAUGAGCGCGGAGUGGCGGAGCCCCUGAUGGAAUCAGAGGCCGGGAGUACGGUGCGAGGGCGCCACCUUGUGCUUUUGAGUUCUGUUAGUGAUGCAGCUGCAAGGCACCGACUGCUGGCGGAGGAGGUGGUCCUGGCCCCUCAGGUGGUGCUGGCUCAGGCUGGUAGCAGUCUGUAUUACUCCUGGGCGGCACCAAGGAUGCAGGUGAGGGACGGCGAAUUGGACAGAAAGGCAGAACCAAGGACGCAGUUCUCCGGACUUCGCAGGGAGCUACCUCCCCAGGUGCAUCUGCUUACCCUGGCCCGCUGGGGACCAAAGACGAUGCUGCUGCGUUUGGAGCAUCAGUUCGCUGUGACAGAAGAUUCAGGCCGCAACCUGAGCUCCCCUGUAACCUUGAACUUGCAGAACCUGUUCCAGACCUUCACUAUCACACACCUGCAGGAGACCACCCUGGCAGCCAAUCAGCCCCUGUCCACGGCUUCCAGGCUGAAGUGGCUAACAAAUACUGGUCCCGUCUCCUAUCCUCCUCCCUCCAAGUUGGACCCUACCUCAGUCACACUGCAGCCUAUGGAAAUACGAACCUUCGUGGCCAGCGUUCAAUGACAAGAAGUCAGCUAGACCUGCUGGGAGGAGGCACAGACCUCUCUCUCCUUCUUUUGCUGUAACCACAAAAAUCAUUAAAAGGCUACUAAGACGCAGGUUA